CGUCGCCACUCUUGGCCCCAUGGCAGGGCCCGCCGCCCCCAGCGGAGCUCCACCGCGGCCCCGAGCCGCCCUGCUGCUGCUGCUGCUGCUCGCUGCACUGCUGCCCGCCGCCGCACCAGAGAAGGACAUGCCAAACCGACCGCUGAGAGCCCGCGCCCAGUCUCCAGAUGGGAAGUUACCUUUUCGGUGGAAGCCAUCCAAUGGAGCAGGCUUCAGGGGUCCCCGCAGCAGAUCCCAAGGUUACCCCCGUGGGUACGGAGAGAGCAGCCGUCGGAUGAGCUACGCUCCUCUGCCGCCGGAGCGACAAACUCAGGAAGCGAGAAAACUGGCCUCUGAAUCAGUUCAUGUGGUUUCGCUGCCAUCAAGAAGCUCCCAAGGACGGAACCAACCUGUCUAUAGGUCAUCUUUAACUAAAAGGAAAGUCACAGAGGAGGAAGAGGUGGAGAUGGAGGUGGCACAAGACAUAACUGUUCGAGUUAUGUCCUCUCAGUCUGUGCUCGUGUCUUGGACAGACCCACUGUAUGAAAAACAGAAGGCUGCAGCAAAUAGGCAAUACAGCGUUCGCUAUCGGGAGAAGGGGGAGUCAGCAAGGUGGGAUUACAAGCAGGUGACCAACCGGCGGGCACUGGUGGAGAAUCUGCUGCCGGACACUGUGUAUGAGUUUGCCAUCCAAAUUUUGGAGGGAGAAAAGGAAGGGAAAUGGAGCGUGUCUGUUUACCAAAGGACUCCAGAGGCAGCUCCCACCAGCGCACCUGAAAAUUUGGAUGUUUGGCCAUUAAAGGGCAAACCAACCUCUGUAGCAGCAUCCUGGGAUGCUCUCCCAGAGAGCGAAGGAAAAGUCAAAGAAUACAUUCUUUCAUACGCCCCGGCUCUCAAGCCAUUUGGAGCUAAGUCCAUCACCUACUCCGGAGCUACAACAUCAGCCAUAAUAGAUGGUCUGCAGGCUGGGGAGCGCUAUAUUUUCAAAAUUCGUGCAGCAAACAGGAGGGGACCAGGUCCUCAGUCUAAGGCCUUCAGUGUUGCCAUCCCCGCAGUUGCUCAACAGCAAAUAAAUAUUCAAGAAAAUUCAAAUGCUAAAAAAAAUGGGAAUGCUGGCUCAUCUCCUCAAACUUCCUCUGUUUCUUCAAAAAUCCAGCCAUCGCUUUCCUCUAAGCAGUCACCUGUUCGUUCCCCUAAUGUUAAUGAUAAAAAGAGUCUUUCUGAAUAUAAACAUAAAAUAUUGUCCCAAGGGGAGGACCUAAGAAAGUUUCAGUUACCUUCUAGAAAGACAGGUGAGCUGGAACCUGGUCUCCAAUCCACUGAAGUGACAAAUGAUCAUGAUUCCUCUGAAGAAGCUCCGACGACGCCACCAAAAACGCAGGAUCAGAGGAGGAUUGUUAGACCACUGUCCCCUAGUCAGCCAGUCCACCCUGUCCUUGCCUCAGGGAGGACCACUCUUCAAACCCAUGUAUCAGAGGUGUCACAGCAGACAAGCACAGAGAAACAUGAGCCACCAGCACUGUUACCACCAUCAGCACGACGCUCUUCUGCCUUGUCUGUUCCUGAAUACACAGAUAAUGAAACAAAGCGACUGAGGAAAAGCAACACUAAUGUGCCUUCUAAAACCUCUUCCCACUCUCUGUCUGCCAAAAAUAAUGAUUUUACAGGUAAUGUGGAAGGAAAGCCAGACCCCGUGCAGGUGAAAGUGUCUUCUAAAACUUCAGAUCCUAGUCAUAUGGCUUUGCCAUCAAGUCGGCAGCCUGCUGUCUCUCAUGAAGUUAUCCCAAGCCAUCCCAGCAGAUCUGGCUCUCUAACUCAUUCACAUCAACCUGCUUCCCAAACGGCAGAUCCUCAUGCUCGUGAUAGCCAUAAUGAGUUUGACAGUGAAGAAGCAGAGGACAGAGCAGGACAGCCCAGUUCUACAUCUCAGCAAACAAGGCUGCCCUCAAGCUCCAGUUCUCGCACAUGGAAAGAUCCAAGAUUAGCUGCAGUGGCAGCCUCAUCCAGGUCUGCUGUUUCUGGUCAUGCUUCACCUCACUCUCGCUUCUCCAGCAGUGCCAAGUCUGACAGAAAGGAUAUUGAUAAAAAUGAUAGGGAGGACUCUCAAAAUGCAAAUCCCUUAUUUCCUUCUCUACCCUCUUCCAGACAGUCUUCUUCAGCAGUCUAUGCCAAGAGAAGAAAUCCUCAGGUCGAUUCUAAUUCUCACCUCAGAAAGGCACACAGUGAAAAGCCACCCCACUCCGACUCAGCAGAACAACAAAGUCGAGCAGCUGCUCCAGGGAGGCAUUCUCAUUUGCAGUCUUCUUUUUCCAAACAUAAGCCUGAUGAGCAGGACAGUCAAGAAGUAAAAGAAACCCUUGCUCAGUCAAAACCCAGUGUAUCUUUGCCUAAAAAGACAUUCCCCUCUCAUCUGCCGUUGGAGAAGACCUCCCACUCAGAGCCUCCACAGAGGACAGAAACCAGUCCUUCCUUACUGCAUUCCAGAGGCCGGCGCCUCCCCUCUCAUGCCUCAUCCCAGAGUAAUGAAGAAUUGCAGGAAGGUGUUGAUGAGGAUGUAACAGAAGGCAGUGACAGAGCAAGUAGCCGCUCUGUAUUUCCUAAAGAUGUGACCUCUUCCAGGACAUUACCUGCAUCUUUCUCUCAGGGAAGCUCACGUUCAUCUCUAUCAAAGCAACAGCAACCAGGUUCUCAGAUACCUUCUUACAAACAAAAACUUACUCAGCCAGACUCCAGUUCUGCUAGUGAUACAGCAAAAGAGAACCAGUAUAAUCCAAGGUCAUCUUCCACUUCUUCGAGACAAAAUCGUCCUUCAUUACCUGCUCGCUCAAUGGUGCCUACAAGAACAGUGUCCCAAACAGAGAAAAAAUAUGGCCUGUUGCCUUCAAAAACAUCCAAAACAGAACUUCCUCAAAAAGUUCCUUCCUCCUCUUCAUCUAAAUCUCGUCAGUCAGUUUCUGACGAAGAGGAUGAUUAUUAUAGUGAAUAUGAUCAGAAAGAAGAGAAAUCCACAUCUUUGGCAACAAAAUGGUCCCCUUCUGUUUCUGGAAGGAACAAAAACACAUACGAUGACACUACGAGCAAUAAAAAGAAGCCUAUGGACACUCUUCUACCUCACAAAGUAAGUUCUGAAGAGGAAGAGAAGGAACAAAUUCCAUCAUUAAAAAUUUCUUCUCCUGAAUCACAAGGAAGCUCUGUCAUGGCAUCCCGGAUUACUCAAUCCUCUAACAAGCACAAACCGAGCUUUGUCUGGCCACGUUCUUCAACAUCUACCACCACCCACACUGUUUCUCCAACAGUUUCUUCCUCCACCUUGUCCCCUCGCCAGCGACUAUUGAACUCCAGGCUACGGAGCCCCUCCCAAAGGCAAUCUGUUAGACCUCCUUAUAGACAAGGUUACAAUGGCAGACCUAAUCUUACAACGAAAAAUGGAAAUGGAAAUGGAAAAGUAAUACCUGGUAAUAAUGGAAAACCAAGUGGACAGAGAGUAAUCAAUGGCCCCCAAGGAACAAAGUGGAUUGUAGACCUUGACCGAGGGCUAGUAUUAAAUGUUGAAGGAAAAUACCUCCAAGAUUCCCAAGGCAACCCUCUCCGAGUGAAAUUAGGAGGGGAUGGACGUACAAUUGUUGAUGAAAAGGGUGCCCCAAUGGUGAGUCCUGAUGGAAUACCUUUGUUUGGACAUAGCAGAUUUAGUAAACCUGUAGCGAGUGCACAAGAUAAACCAAUAAUAAGCCUCGGAGGGAAACCUCUGAUUGGUCUUGAAAUGGUGAAGAAAACAACCACUCCUUCAACUACGACUACUACUACUACUACUACAACAAUACCCCCAACAACUACCACAACAACCACUACGACAACUAUCACUACAACUACCACCACCACUCCUGAACCAACCACCACUGAGCCACCCACGGAGAAACCACCCCCAACCUGUCCUCCAGGCACCUAUGCACAGUAUGAUGAUGAGGGCAACUUGCUCUUGGGGUUUGAUGGCCUGCCAGAGUGCAACGCAGAAGAUACAUUCUCAGGGCUGGAUUCAGAUGUGACAGCAACUCCAGAGGCAUAUGUGAUCUAUGAUGAUGACUACGAGUUUUUUGAGAGCACUUUGCCACCAACCACCACCACUGUCACCACCACCACUGCUUCUACAACGACAGAAUCAGAAGCUGUCUAUCCAGAGACCAGUGUUUUUGGCACCAGCCCCAUGUCAGAAUAUGACAUUACUGGGAAGAAACGUUUCACUGCUCCUUAUGUGACCUAUCUUAAUAAAGAUCCAGCAGCACCCUGCUCCUUGACAGAGGCCCUGGAGCACUUCCAGGUGGAGAGCCUCGAUGAAAUCAUCCCUAAUGACCUCAGAGAGAAAGAGAUGCGUCCCAUGAAAGCCCCUCAUAACAUCACCAUUGUGGCAGUCGAAGGCUGUCACUCCUUUGUCAUUGUGGAUUGGGCCAAACCUGCUCAAGGAGACAUGGUAACAGGCUAUCUAGUUUACAGUGCAUCUUAUGAUGACUUUUUAAAGAAUAAGUGGUCAACCAGGACUGCAGGGACUACUCAUUUGCCCAUUGAGAACCUGAAGCCCAACACACGGUAUUAUUUUAAAGUUCAAGCAAAGAAUCCCUUUGGUUAUGGACCUGUGAGCUCUUCAGUCUCUUUCAUCACAGAAUCUGACAAUCCUCUCCUCGUUGUCAGACCACCUGGUGGUGAACCUAUCUGGAUCCCCUUCACUUUCAAAUACGACCCCACCUAUUCAGACUGUAGUGGGAAGCAGUACGUGAAGCGAACGUGGUACCGCAAGUUUGUAGGAGUGGUUCUUUGCAACUCCUUAAGGUACAAGAUUUACCUCAGUGAUGACCUGAAAGAUACCUUCUACAGCAUCGGGGAUAGCUGGGGAAGGGGCGAGGACCACUGCCAGUUUGUGGAUUCCCACCUGGAUGGAAGAACAGGACCUCAGUCAUACAUUGAAGCCCUGCCCACCAUCCGAGGGUAUUACCGGCAGUACCGCCAGGAGCCUGUGUCAUUUGGGCGCAUCGGAUACACAACACCCUACUACUAUGUGGGCUGGUAUGAGUGCGGGGUGCCUAUCCCAGGGAAAUGGUAGGAGUCUGCUUUCCUGUCUUAGGGCAGACCAUGCUUUUCAAAUUAUUUCCACCGGAGGACUGUGAGCAACUGAUUUGGAAAAGAAAAAAAAAAAAGUAAAGAAAUGAGGCAAACCAGUGAAGACCAGCUGCUCAGGAAACCCCCGUGAAGCCAAGCAUGGUCCCCACCCUACCAGCUUAAAUCAGUGGUGCUGAUUGAUUUCUGCUUGGAAGCAGGACAGGAUAUAAGUUUGGGGUCCUACCUUCCUCCUCUGGGUCCUUAAAGCAUGGAGAGGUGGUUGCAGUGUGUGCAACCUGUGGAAACCAGAACUUUAUUAGCCGUGAAAAUCUGGAAGUUUCUUAGAUGUUGCAGGAACGACCUAAGCAUGCUGUGCUUGCUUAAUGGGAUGCUAAACUGUCCUUUGCUGCCCACCAGGGCUUCUCUAUGCAAUUGUGCCAUGUAACUGGCUGCCCAUCAAAGGCAAUGUAUUCUCCUGAAGACUUACCCUGUGGGUUUGCCCACUGCUGGACUAAUCACCAGGUCACAGUGUAAAUUCACUUUGAGAUAUAUAUUAUCUAUAUCUAUAUAAAUACAGUACUGUACAUCUGCAGAAGUACCGCUUUGAGAUGCUGUUUUUCUUGUUCACUAGAUAAAUAUGUUUGAAAUUUUUAUGUAAAAGGUGCUGUUAAUUCUUUGAGAUAUUGCUGUGCACAAUAUAUUAACCAAGGAAAGAUCUGUGUUCUUCUUGUGAGUACUCUUGGUCUAACGUUUGAAUUAUUGAUCAAAGACCCAUGUCCCACUUCCUUGCUAGCAUUCAGACUGGACAUUCAGUGGGAAUGUACCCCUUUAUCCAUGUUAGACUGGCACUGUAUAGUCUGGCAAAAACACAUAUUCAGCAGUUUAUCAGCAUGAGUUAAACUUUCUAUCCUUUACUGUUUAAAGCUUUUCUUCCAUCCAUUCUCAUUUUAUUUGAUAUGGUAUUUAUUCCUUGUCAGCAUCCUUCACUUCACUGUGCCAAGGCAUGAGAUGAGUAACUUGCAAAUUAGGAACUGUUUUUAACUUAUUUGCCCUCCAAAAAGAAAGUCAAAUCAAUAGAAGAGACAACUAGCAGGAGACUCCUUUGACUUUGAUCCAUCCUGGGGACAAACUAGGAUACAGUUCAUUUAAAAUACUACUGAAAUCUCUUCCAUUCAGAUCAGAAAGCAAAAAUGCACCUGGAUGAAAGGUACGAUGAUGAUUUUUUUAGCAGGCACUUGGAUGCUUGCAAUAACAUAGGAUUUUAGUAGCCCUUCUAGGUCAUCUAGCAUUAAUGGUUUACUCGGUAACUUUCAAAAUCUGAUCGUUUCAUGGUAACAUUUCAACAUCCUUUGCUCAUGUUAAUAAGACUCCUCCAUUUUGACGGCCCAGGAGAGCAGAUAGCAUACCUGGGGGACAGAUCCUGUCUCUGGCCCACUUCUCCCUCCCAUUCCAUCUUACAUGUAGUGUAGAUCUAACACCUUUUCAGUUUCUUCCUGUAGUUACUGUAGAUGGUAUGGGGACCAAAAAAAGGACCUAAAGUAAUUAAAAGAACAUUUAAAUUUUCCUGGUUAUUUGGUUUCAGCAUUUUAAUUAAUCUUGCAUACUUUUGCUUCAGUACGGUGCCAAAUAUAUGAUCUUGAAGUAUUACUUUUUUCCCUAAUAAACCUA